AUGACAAAAUCAGAUCUAGUGAUGCCCACUACUACAAACACCGCUGGCAUUGAUAUCAUCACUGCUACGGCCGCUACGCCCAACAAGAAUAGCGGUUCCAGUGCUUGUUUUGGCCAUUAUUUGUAUGAUUUUGUAUUGUUUUCGCAAAACUUGUCAACGCUGAGCGCCGACAACCAAAUCACUAACCACUGGUCGACAAAAAUGACACACAGUCUGGAGCGUAAUCUCAAUGAGUUGGAGAUACUGUUUUGUAAAAACAAUGGCACUCUGUCUAGUGGCGGCACCGGCGCCGCGGAUUACCUGUACUUUCAUUCGCUAAAUGGCGUCCAAUUGUUGACCAAAAUGUUGUCCCGAAUAAUGAACGGCACCCGAGAGAGACUCACAUCACUCACCGACUUGUUGGCCGCAUUUUACGAACUGCUUUGCGGUGAGCACUUGGAUGUGCCCGACAAUGUCCUGCAAUCCCAACUGGUGAUCGAUUUGUUGGACAUUCUCUGCCAUCGGAUCAAUGUAUGGCUCGAUUAUCUUUUGGACACAACUUUUAUGAGUAAUAGUGGUGGCGGAACCACAACCAAGACAUGCGAUAUAGUGGUCGGAGCCCAUUGUCGACUUCUGUCCACCAUUUUUGACACACUUUAUGGCCACUACUCGACGCUCACAUAUAGUACUGACGAUAGUCUGGCCUUCAAUCACAUCAUUCAAGACGUGACCAGUUAUAUAGUAUGGGUCGGAAUGAUUAAUAAGUUGUCGCAUAUGAUGGCCAACCCUCGGGACCCUGUCGACGACAACCCUGAGCUGACCCAAUGCCUGCGAAGUAUUCACAGGUUCGGCGCCCGUCUCGCCGCCGACGACACACAACUGAUGCUCACGUUUCAGAUGACACACAUCGGCGGUGUUGUGUCCCUCAUCUACGGAGUGCACUUCCACUCGGGUGCGCUCCAAAGGGCUGACGGCGAUCGAACCCCACCUGCAGUCGACCAUACCCUGGAUCUGACCCUGGAAGUGAUCAGACUUUUGAAUUAUGUGUCGCUAUUGAAUCUGAAUGUGGUUCAGCUCCGGCACAUCUGUUCAUACCUUCUCUGGUAUUGCACUCACCAUAAGAGGGAAGCGCUGGUCAACGAAACGAUUCUAUUGGUCGGUAACUUUGUUGGCUUCAACGAUGAGAAUCAGGCAAUGUUAGAGUCAGGCCAACGGCCGACUGUCGUCCAGCAGUUGUGUUCGCUGCCCAUCGAGUACUUCAGCGACGAUCGACUGUCGGCGGUGUUGGUCCAGACGCUAAUCGCCUGUUGUUUUCAAAACCCUCAAAACUGGACUGUUUUGGAAAAAGAGAUGUCUACUCUAAUUCUCUUGACGUUCAGCGAGUCCAAAGUCGUUGGCCUUCAGCUCCGGGCGGUCGACAGUCACGUGUCGGCCGGCUUCCGACGGCCGACCAACUCUCUCGGUAUGGCGUUUGAAGUGAUUAUUGAGUUAAUAAAUAGAAAUCAAUGGUCAAUUCCCGGUCCAUAUCUCAGUCGUCUUCACUGUCGGUAUUUGGACACCACCAUGGUCACCACCACUGCCAUCACUAGCGGUACUGGUAGUCGCUGUGUUGCCAUCACUACCGAUAGUACUGGUGCUUUCACAAUACCAGGAACUACAGCCGGGUAUUGGCCCCGUGUCCUCCCCACCAACAGCACAAAGUUCAGCUUUUGGUUGGCCAAGACUGGUCGAGUAAACUUACGACGGAGAAUUAGCACCAUCACUACCAUAAUAGCCGUUCGCAAGCUCCAUGAGGUACUGGUUCUCCCAUUCGAUGUCCUCAUCCACACGGCGUAA